GGAGAGGGAGAGUCUACGGCGGGCCGCGAGGUGCAGGGGCAAUCCCGAGAGCCCAGUUGAAGGAAGGGCCAUGCAGGGGCCGUUGGUUCUCUUCUUUUGCACCCAACCCGAGUGGUGCUAAGUCUUGCUCUCUGUCCCCGAGUGCCCAGUGUGGGGCUCCAGCGUCCGCCUUCCCUUGAGGCUCGCAGGUGGCGACUGCCACCCCUCGCGGAAGUGAGGGGCGCGCCCCUUCACGGCCCUGUGGACCCCAAGCCUCCAUGGGCCGGACCCCGAAGACCAAUGUGUGCCGCCGGCUGAGUCGCCGGGCUCUAGGCUUCUUCGCACGCGACGCCGGCGUGGUGCAGAGGACGAACCUGGGCAUCCUGCGGGCGCUGGUGUGCCAGGAGAGUACUAAAUUUAAGAAUGUUUGGACAACUCAUUCCAAGUCACCCAUAGCCUAUGAGAGAGGAAGAAUAUAUUUUGACAAUUACCGGUGCUGUGUCAGCAGUGUUGCAUCAGAGCCAAGAAAAAUUUAUGAGAUGCCAAAAUGUUCCAAAUCAGAAAAAAUUGAGGAUGCUUUAUUAUGGGAAUGCCCAGUGGGAGAAAUACUUCCUAGCCCAUCAGAUUAUAAGUCCUCACUCAUAGCACUGACUGCUCACAAUUGGCUGCUUCGUAUAUCAGCAACUACAGGAGAAAUCAUGGAGAAAAUAUACCUUGCUUCCUAUUGCAAGUUCAGGUACUUGAGCUGGGACACUCCUCAAGAGGUCAUUGCGGUCAAGUCAGCUCAGAACAAAGGCUCAGCAGUGGCCCGGCAGGCAGGCACUCAGCAGCCUGUUUUGCUGUACCUUGCAGUAUUCCGGGUUCUGCCCUUUUCCCUUGUGGGGAUUCUGGAGAUCAACAAAAAGGUUUUCGCGAAUGUCACAGAUGCUACAUUGUCACAUGGGAUACUGAUUGUGAUGUACAGCUCGGGACUGGUCAGACUGUAUAGCUUCCAAGCCAUCAUCGAACAGUUCAUGCAACAGAAACUUGACUUAGGGUGUGCAUGCAGCCAGGGCGGGACUACAGGGACCGUGGGACAGGCUCCUCUCGGCAUCCCCUGUAAUGUUAGGAUCACAGACUCACCAUCUCCACUCUUUGAAGUUUCGUCCCUGGAGAAUACAUUUCAGAUAGGAGGCCACCCUUGGCACUACAUCAUCACACCUAAUAAGAAGAAACAGAAAGGAGUUUUCCAUAUUUGUGCCCUAAAAGAUAAUGCCUUGGCAAGAAACGGAAUCCAAGAAAUGGAAUGUUGUUCACUAGAAUCGGACUGGAUCUAUUUCCACCCCGAUGCUUCUGGAAGAAUUAUACAUGUUGGCCCAAAUCAAGUCAAAGUCUUGAAGCUAAGUGAGGUAGAAAAUAAUAGUUCUCAGCAUCAGAUCUCUGAGGAUUUUGUCAUCUGGGCCAAUAGAGAAGACAGGAAUGAAAACUUAAUCACUGUUACAGCUUCUGGACGUGUGGUGAAAAGAAAUUUCAACCUUCUGGAUGAUGACCCAGAACAAGAGACUUUCAAAAUUGUGGACUAUGAAGAUGAGUUGGACUUGCUGUCUGUAGUAGCUGUCACUCAGAUAGAUGCCGAAGGCAAAGCUCACCUGGACUUCCACUGUAAUGAGUACGGAACCUUACUCAAGAGCAUCCCACUGGUGGAGUCAUGGGAUGUGACAUAUAGCCAUGAAGUCUACUUUGACAGAGACUUGGUGCUACACAUCGAACAGAAACCCAAUCGAGUCUUCAGCUGCUAUGUUUACCAGAUGGUCUGUGACCCUGGGGAAGAAGAAGAAGAAAUAGUCAACAGAAGUGAUUAAGACAGUGAGAUCAUCGUAACUUGAGACAUUGGCGAAACACCUAUCAGCUAUGUCCAGUCAUGGAACAUUCUGCAGUAUUUUCCAGAACAGGUCUUGUGCUAGCUUCAAAGGACUAGAUCAGACUCUUGCCACGUGAGGUAGUAAGGACUCCAUUUUAUGUAAAUGCUCUCUAGGAUGCUGUCCCCAGAGGCCCAGCAUUUUGAAUCUUUUAGAAGAGGUGCUAAUGUGAAUAUAAAAUGCUAGGGAAUGGAGGACAGUUAAACUUAGGUGUCCAGGAGACAUCGUUGAUGCAGGGAUAAUUAGCAUGAUUCUUAAAGACUACUAUGACGUGUUAAUUGGUAAGGCUAGGAGAGAGAAACAGAAAUAAAAAUAUGAAGCAUAGAAGCCAGAAGUGGUGGACCAAACCUGUAAUCCCCAGUGCAUGGCACAUCAAGCAAAAAGAUCAGUUCGCAGCCAGUGCUGACUGCAUAACAAAUUCAGGGCCAGCUUUACAUGAGACCUGGUCUGAAAAUGACAACCAAAAGAUAAAUCCUAUAUACUCUAGACAAGCUUUGAUUAAAGAUUAGAAAUAGGAGUUGUAACGCAAAAUCAUACUUUUGAGCCAAAAACCACCACAGCUUCUUUAUAAAAAAACUAUAUAUGUAGUUUUGUGUGUGUUUCUAUACAGUAUCAAGAAUUGAUUUUAGUUUUCAAAUUACCAUUUCUUAUCUGGUCUUGUUCCUAUGGCCAGAUGUUGACUGUAUUCUCUGUGUGUGUGUGUGUGUGUGUGUGUGUGUGUGUGUGUGUGUGUGUGUGUGUUUGUCUUAAUACCAGUGUACUUGGGUGUGUUUAUGUGGAUAUAUAUGCAUAUUCCUGUGUGUGCAGGUGUACCUGCAUGUGUGCAUGUGCAUUUGGAGGCCUGAAGUCAGCCAAUGGUGGUGUUCUCAAGAGCCAUCUACUUUGUGUUUUGAGAUGGGGUCUCACUAGGAUCUGGGGCUCACUAGGAUUAUGCUAGUCUGGUUGGCUAGUCAGGGGUUCUUCUGUCUGCUUCCCCACACUGGGAUUAAAGGCAUACUGUCAAGCCCAGAUAUUUCCAUGGGGGCAAGCACUGUCCAGACUGAGCUAUCUCCCCGCACUGAGUAUUUGUGUUAUAAAAGACUCCACGCAACACUGAAGUGAAACCUUUUCCUGAUUUGUAGCCUAUUUAGCUCCUAAUACAGCUGAAGAUGUUGGUCUAUUUUCUAUUCUUUUUACUCAGUGAGUGUGUUUCAUCUAGAGAUUUUCAUAUCUAGGUGAGAACAUAAAGGGACCUCUGUUAGGCCACUUCCAUGCACUGCUGGCCCCUGGUGGCUUCUUCCUUGUAGCACAGUUGAAACCCCGGGAGUUCUUUCCUGUCUGAGAAUCACCUGGUUAACCAGAGGAAGAUUUUGAUUGUUCAUGGAAGGAGUGUUUUUUUCUUCUUAGAACAGAUCUAAGCAUGACACUUGAAUUCCAGUAAUCACUUUCCAGAAUGUUAGAUAAAGAUAACCUACAUAUAGGUAGAAAACUGUACUUACAUUCUGUUUGAGAAAUCCAGUUGCUCAGAAUGUACAUGUUCAUCUCAUUUUCCCAAUUCAGCCUCAAAAGAAUAACUAUAAGACAAGAAAAGAUCAGUCAGAGUGGGUAGCUCACACCUGUAAUCCGAGCUCUCAGGGAACUGCAAAUCAGCAGCAGCAGCAGCAGCAGCAUCCCUAGGUAGAAGCAGGACAAUCAAGAGUUCAGUGUCAGCUUGGCAUGUAGUGAGUUCAGAGCCAGCCUGGGCUACAUGAGACCCUGUCUCAAUAAAGCAUAAAAGAACAGCAGUAAGCCAUUUUUUUAUUCAAGUUUAACAUUGAAAUAUGGAUUUUAGCUUGGAAAAUUUGUAUAAAAAAUAUCUUUCUACUUUGUCCUGACCGCAUGUUAAGGAUGGUGUGGGUUCUGUCCAGUUGGCCCUUAGAAGUCUGCAAAGCUGUUUCUAGUUGAUUAUGAUCAGCAGGACUAAGGAGAAAGGUGUUGGCUAUUUAAAAAUCAGAGUUAGUAGCAGGGUCUAUACAAUCAAGAAAUAAAGGAAACAAAUCUAAAAUUAUCUUUUUGUGCAUAGAAAGUUACAGGUUGAAUAGAUGCUUAGGACCAAAAUUGUUUUGUAAUUUAAUUUUCCCCCUGAUUUUAGAAUAUUUGAAGGUACGUUAUAAGAUCUUGGUGAUGUGUUCAAGGUUGAAGCAUGAAAUCUUUUUUUAUGUUUAAUACAUAUCUUGUGGCCAGAUGGUGGUGGCUC